UGUGUUGCCGACUGUCAUUUUGUCAAAUGCUCAAUUUAUUUUUCUUUUAAAUUUAAUGUUUUAAUAAUAUUUAUAAAUUAAAUCCAUCAAAAUGGUUGAAGCACAAAAAUAUAGGAUAGAACAGGAGAUGACCAACUUGGUUAACGAGUUGGACAGGAGUUAUCUAAGGCGAAUGCAAGGUGAUAUGCACCGCUGUGCAGCUAAAUGCUGUGAUGACCAACAGUCAUCAUUGGAACGAGUGCAUGGCUGUAUAGAAAAUUGCACGACUUCAUUGAACCAGGCCAAUAAUUAUGUUCAGGGUGAAAUUAACCAUCUCCAAAACAGACUGCAACGAUGUGUAAUGGACUGUAAUGACGCAGCACGAGACAGAUUAGGUCCAGAUCCAAGUCAAGAGACUAUUGACAAGUGCACAAUAGAUUUUGAGAAAUGUGCAGUCAAAUGCGUUGAUAAGCAUAUAGGACUGAUCCCCACCAUGAUGAAGACGAUGAAGAAGGUCCUGGCCAGCGGGAAACCUCCCCCACCGAAGAACGAAUAAUAUUAAAUCCAUACUCCCAUAGCAAUAACAAAUUCGACAGUGUUCAAAUGAAACUGGCUUAUAUAAAAAAUCUGUUUAGUAUAUUGUCAGUUUUUCUGAAUUGAAUGUGUAUGUAGCGCGGUUGUUAUCUCCUCAACACUAUAGCAUU